CUUUUGGCCUGUGGGGACCUGGAUUCCCCAGGAAAGCACUACUGACUAAGAACCAUGGCACCCUGGGGUGCUGGCCUGGCCACCUGGAGUGUUCCGGCUGGUUGGAAAUGAGAAGGGUGGGGUUAUCCCCACAGAGGUGUCACUCUGGCUUGGGGAGGGGCUUGGUUAGUCCCUGUGAAGUCUGGGUGGCGGCUUACCAUCCUGAGUAGCCCAGGAAGAGGAAACUAAGCUGGGAUCUGGGCCAUGACCACUUCCAGCCCCUUUAGCUGGCCAGCAAGGGCUCACCCUGCCCAGGCCACUGAGGGGUCUUCCUACUUCCCACCCACACAACUCCAGAAGCCCCAUUCUCGCCAGGUUGUCCCUGGUGGCUCCAGGCUGUCUCCUUGGGAGCAGUAGGUGGUCUGGCUACGGCCCAGCCCCGGGCAGCCCUUGGGGCCACUGUCACCGCAUCCAUGUUCCUCUGCCAGUGCCUCCUGGAUGAAUUCAUGAGGAGGUGUUGGGGGGGUGGGAUUGCUCAUCAGAGGUCUCUAGGCCGUUCGAGCUCUGUCACCCUGUGCUGUCUUUCACCUGCCCACCACCCUCCACAUCCUUCUGUUCAUCCUGGUGGGCGUGACAAGCAGUCUGACUAGUCUGGCUGGGACCUGGAGGGCAGUGGUGCCACCUCAGGCUCCCUCCCACAGGGAGGGGCACUUCUGUCCCUCUGACGGUAAGCCAAGGAUUGGGGUCAGAACCAGCAGAGACUUGCCAGACAGAGGUGGUUCCAGCAGGCCCAGUCCGGAUGCCCUGCCCUGGGCUUCCUUGGCUCCGCCACCCGAGGGCCACCCAGGCCUCCGGCCCGAGCUCCCCGGGCUCGCUGUCUACACCCCGGUCCCCAGGCCGGGGGGAGGAAGAGGAGGAGGACGAGGAGGAUGGGGACUGCACCCCGGGCUCGGGCCCCAUCCUGCCCCCCGCGUCCCCUGUGGAGUGCCUCAUCUGCGUGUCGCCCUUCGACGGCGUGUUCAAGCUGCCCAAGCGCCUGGACUGUGGUCACGUCUUCUGCCUGGAGUGCCUGGCUCGCCUGUCGCUGGCCACGGCAGGCGGCGGCGACGCGGUGGCCUGCCCAAUGUGCCGCACACCCACGCGACUAGCCCAGCGCGGGGGGCUGCCCGCCCUGCCCACACAGACCGGCCUGCUGCCCCACGAGGCGUGCACCCCGCCUGCGAGCCAAGGCUCUGUGCGCUUUGACCGGCGCCGGGGUCUGCUCUACAUGCGCCCACCUCAUGCUCCUGGGUCGCGCAAGACACGCCCCACGCGCCCCCAGCCUCCACCUCCCCUGCGCCUUGGCCGGCCGCUGUCGCGCCGCCUGACGCUGGACAGCCCCACCUGGGCCUUUAACGCUGCGGUGGCACUGGCCGUGCUGGUGACCGCAGGCCUGGUUGUGUCCGGCGUCUAUAUCUUCUUCCUCAUCCCGCACGCCGCCUCUUCUGGUCCCGCACGGCCCCAGCUUGUGGCGCUCGCCCCGGCACCCAGCUUCUCCUGGUUCCCGGAGCAGCCCACGCCUGGGAUGCCCUGGACCCCAGGCCCCACGGACAGUGACCUGGAUGCCAUCCUGCCAGGGGCUGCGGAGGAUGCGCUGGAGCCCCAAGGGAGCCCCGAAGACACAGAGGAGGUAGAGGGGAUGCUGGACAGGACGUUGGACCGUGAGUGGGAGGCAGAGGAUGGCCCUGGCUGGGCCAGUGGGGCACGGGGCAGGAGGAGGGUAUGGGGGGCACAGUAAACGCAUCUCUGCUGCAGAUCCAGCCUCAGGUCCUGGGGAUCUUGGUUUUAUCCUGGGGGCCCUGCCAGAACCACUUGCUAGGAUCCCCUGAGGCUUAGUUGGGAGCCUGGUGGCACACAUUUCUCCAGAGAGAGGUCCGGUGGGAUUAUCACCGCUAGACAGGGACCCUUUCAAAAAGAAACCCAUGAGAACACCUGUGCCCCCAAUCCCUGCAGGCAUUCAGCUGAGGGUCUUUGUAGGGCACCCUGCUGGGAGGUCCAACCCUGUCUCCGUGAGAGUGCAGUGGGAGUCCCCCAAUUUUCAUCCCUGGCUGGAGAGCCUCCCUCACUGACUGUGGUGGCCCUGUCCUUGGAGGGCAGAGCUGCUGCUGUUCUUGGCUGGAAACAGCCCUCUGACCGGGCCACUGUAGGGCUGACUCCCACCCAGGUGGUGCACUUUGUUUUAUAUUCAGCUGCUUGCAGGCUGUCUCGCUGCUACCCUGCACACCUCGCUGGGACUAGGGCUGGAGAGGGACAGGUAGGACCUGAGCCUCAAAUACCAGCUCCCACCUGUGUGCUGAGAACCAAGUUUCCAUGGAGGAAGUCGACCUUCCUCUGUGGGUCCUGGUUUCUGGGAUCCUCCUGAUAGACUUUGGGGCCUGGGGCAGCUGUAUCACCCAGGCUCACAGAGACCAAGGUUGCCCUCUGGAUCAGUGAUGCAUGAUUUGGGGGGUUGCUCCUGGACUUCCUUGGCAAGUGGAGUCCCCAUCACCCCCACCUCUUUUCAUUAAUUUCUCUCGGGGCCAGUUAUUGCCCCUCCUCCUCUGCCAGAUUUCCAUCAGCCUUUCCUGUCGGGCCCCCAGGUGAGGCCUCAGCCCUGCUGGUGGACUGCUUCCUCCAGAGAGGGCAGCUCUUGGAUCCUGUUCUCCUCCCCGAAGCCUUCCUGGCUUAGUCACAGCACAGUUGAUGGCAGCCACCCUCAGGAUAUGAGUCAUCUGCCCUGACCCCCAGGUCCUGAAACCCCUACUCUGUCUCUUCCCAAGGUUGGGGUGCUGUGUGUUGCAGGGGGGCCUCCAGCAUUUUUCCAGUGACAUUUCUAUGGGGCUAGAGACUCCUGUUUGGUUUGUUUACAUGUGUGUCCUCAGCACCUGGCCUCGAGUGAAUGCCAAACAGUUUUCUGGGAAGUGACAGCAUUGCAGGUAACUGGUGGGCAGCCCAGGAAUGCCUGUGGACACUCUGGGCGGACACAGCUGCCAGUCACUCUGAUCUAGGCAGUCAGCGGAGCUCCUUCUGGUGUGAGCUGCUGCUUCCAGGUGGACAGACAGAGUGGGGAUGGCAGGGUGUUCCAGGGGGUGUCUUUUGAGACCAGUUCCUGUCCCAUACCUGUAGGGCCAAUGUCACUCACAGCCCAGCCUCCGUUGGGAGGAGACCUGAUCAGGCAGGAGCAAGGAUGGCAAUGUGUAGAUUUUUCUGGCUGCUGUGACAUAUUUCCACCAACUCAGUUCCUUAGAAAAACACACAGUGUCUCUCAGUUCUGCAGGCAGAAGUCUUGGGAUCUGUCUCACUGGACUGAAGUCCAGGUGUCCACAGGGCCAGUUUCUUCUGGAGGCUCCAGGGGAGAAUUUGGGUCCUUCUUAGCUUCUUUAGCUUCUAAGCUGCAUUCCUUGGCUUCCUCUGUCUUCACAGCAGAGGAUAGUAUCUUCAGAUCUCUCCCUCUAACCCUCCUGCCUUCCUCUUUGACUUAUAAGGACUCUGUGAUGACACCCAGAUAGUCCAGAAUACUCUCUCCAGCUCAAAGUCCUUAAUUUAAACACAUCUGCAAGUCCUUUAGGUACCCAGGCAAGGUAUCAGAUUCAGAUUCCAGGGAUUAGGAUCUGGAUAUCUGCAGGAGCCAUUACUGUUUGUAUAGUGUCUCAGCUCCCUCCUCAUCCCAUCUCUCCCGCCUGGGGCACAGGGGUGGGGGCAGAAGACCUUCCAGGGAUGGAUCCAGCCAAGGGAACCAGAAAGGAACCCUCGUCUGGUGGUACAUAAAAGAGGGAGAGAUGAUGCUCUCUGCCUGAGGAUGUUCAAAGAAGGUUGCCUGGAUGAAGAGACAUCAGAACUGUAUCUUCAAGGACACUAAGGGGAAAUGAUAGCUGACAUUGAGUUGGGGACCUGACACAAUGAGGUGGUGGCUGAGGUUAGUAGACAGCGCUGGCCUCUCCCUCCCUGUGCUAACCAGCUUCCUUCAGGAGGCUACAAAGGAAGCAUGAUUUCUCCACCCUCAGCUGGGAGCCUGAGGCCUCAGUCUCUCCUCCUGUAAAAUGAGGCUGAUGACAGAGCCCAGGGACUGCUGCACAUCCUGUCUGCUGAUUACUACCUCGAUGCCUGCCCGCCCACUGCUCAUGAACAAAGGGUCUGCCCGAAACCACCCCGGGGCCAGGAUCAUGGAGACUGCCCCCCACCUUUACCUUUCAGCCUGUGGUCACCCGGAGCUGUGCUCUCCCAGCCCUCCCUCUGCCAGCUCCAUCCCUGCUGUCCCAGGCUUGCUCCUCCUCCCAGGUCCUGUGAACACCCAGACAGCAGGUCACCCUCAGUUCCUGGCAUUAUAACAGAGAGGCCUGUACCUGCCAGGCUUUGGUUCCCUGUCCUUUAUUGUAAAGCGGACAAUAAACACUCUA